AUGGUGCUACUACAAGAAAAUAAGAGAUCCACAAUUGAUGAAAAGUUUGUUAGAUCAAUCUGGGGCAGAGAACAAAUGGAUUUCAUGGCAGUUGAUUCAGCAGGAGCUGCUGGUGGCCUAUUAUGCAUCUGGAACCCAGAAGUAUUUCAAUUGGUUGAUUGCUGCAGCAACAGGUACUUAAUAAUUUUAUCAGGUACUAUCUAUAACAGUUUUGAGUGUGUGAUUUUAAAUAUUUAUGGUCCAAAUGAUAUGCGGAGGAGAAAGGUGGUGUGGGAUAGCUUGGCUCGAUUAAAGCUGGUAUACAAUAAACCUUGGUGCUUGGGAGGGGACUUCAAUGAGAUCAUGAGUAUAUCAGAAAGGAAGGGGUGUUCUAGGCGAGAUAAAGGUAUGAGGGAGUUUAAUGAGUUAAUUGAUAAUCUUGAAGUGGUCGAUUUAUCAAUGAUGGGAAGAAAAUUUACUUGGUGCAAUUCUCAGGAGGGGGAGAAGUGGAGUCGAAUUGACAGGUUCUUGCUUAGUCCAGAAUGGCUACAAAUGUUUAAUUUUAAGUUUUGGGGGCUGCCUCGGAAGGUCUCAGAUCACUGUCCUAUUUUGUUGAUGGAGGAUGAGAGAGAUUGCGGCCCAACUCCUUUUCGAUUUCUAAAUGCUUGGACCCUACAUCCUAAGUUCAGAUCUUUUGUGGAAAAUACGUGGUUAGAAGCUAAUGUGGUGGGUUGGGCUGGUUUCAAAUGUCUUCGGAAGCUCAAAAUACUAAAACUGGCAUUGAAGCAGUGGGCUAAAGAAGUCUUUGGUGAUGUGGAGCAUAAACUUAAUCAAGUUGAAGAGGAGAUUCAUGCACUUGAUAUAAGUGCUGAAGAAAGACCAUUAUCUAUGGCAGAGCAAGCUAGAAGAAGAGAGGCUAAAGGCGUGGCUUGGAAACUAAGUAAAAUAGUGGAAUGGGCAUGGAUACAAAAAUCCAGAAUCAAGUGGCCAACACAAGGGGAUAGGAACACAAAAUUUUUCCACAUUAUGGCCAGCUCUAGGAGAGUCAGAAAUUCUCUAUGCUCAAUAGCAGUCAAUGGAACUGUUAAGGAGGAUCCUGUGGAGGUGAGGGCUGCAGUUCAACAACAUUUUAUUAACCAAUUUACUGAACCAUGGCGUAAUAGACCAAGGCUAUCUGGGCCUUUCGUAUCCAUUGGGGAUAGAGAAGUUGUUGAGCUCUUGGAAGCUAAGUUUUCAGAAAAUGAGAUUGUAGCUGCAGUUAAGAGUUGUGAAGGAAACAAAGCACCUGGACCUGAUGGGUUUAAUCUUAUGAUGUUUAAAAAGUGUUGGAAGGUGAUCAAGGUAGAUGUGCUGCAAUUCAUGCAGGAAUUCCAUCAAAAUGCAAAAUUGGUCAAAGGUAUUAAUAGCUCUUUUGUUGCUUUGAUUGCGAAGAAUGAGAACCCCUCUGGUUUGAAUGAUUACCGGCCUAUUAGUCUCAUUGGCUCUUUGUAUAAAAUUUUGGCAAAAGUAUUAGCUAACAGAAUUAAAACUGUGCUGCCUAGAAUUAUUAGUGUUGCACAAUCAGCAUUCAUUGGGGGCAGAAACAUCUUAGAUUGGGUGUUGAUAGCCAAUGAGAUUGUGGAUGGAUGGAAGAAGAAUAGAAAGAGUGGCAUUGUCCUAAAGUUAGACUUUGAAAGAGCUUAUGACUCAAUCAAUUGGAAUUUCUUAUUUACUAUGCUUUCAAAUUUUGGCUUUGGGGUUAAAUGGAUUAGUUGGAUGGGAGUGUGUCUCAUCAGCCAGAGUUUCUAUUUUGCAAGGGUUGCUAAGGAAUUUGUGUCAAUUCAAUCCAAUUUUCUAUGGGGUGGGGAUGGCUUCAGUAGGAAAAUACAUAUGGUCAAAUGGAAGGAGAUUUCUAAAAGCAAACAACAGGGGGGUCUAGGGGUUAAAAGGAUUAGACUUAUGAAUGAUUGCCUCUUAUUGAAACGGUGGUGGAGGUUUGGGGUUGAACCUAAUGCUCUGUGGAAACAGGUGAUAGAUAACAAAUACAAUCAGGUGGGUGUAGGGUGGUGUCCAGAACCUGUCGAUGACCCCAGGAUCUCAUGUAUAUGGGCUGACAUUUUGGGUGUUGCUAGAACCAGACCUGAUCUGGUGGAAUUCUUUAAAGAAAACUCUGCUCCAGUGAUUGGGGAUGGGAAAAACACUCUGUUCUGGAGAGGUACAUGGUGUAAUAAUGUGUGCUUGAUGGAAGUUUUCCCUAGGCUCUAUUCCUUGUCUUUGGAAAAGUUUGAUUCUGUAAAUGUGAUGCAUAUCAGAAGAAAUAGUGAGGUGGAGUGGAACCUCAAUUUUAGAAGAUCAUUUUUUCAAUGGGAGGUGGAGGAUUUGAAUAGGUUGAAACUGCUGCUGAGUAAUGCUCCAGUCCUUAGAGAAAAUAUGGCUGAUGCUUUGCAUUGGAAAGCAGACCCAUCAGGAUACUUCACUGUGUCCUCUGCUUAUAAGUGGUGCGAUAAUUCCUUAGGUACAGUGUUUAAGGUUUCAGAUCUGUUAUGGAACAAUGUUUCUUCACCUAGAGCUCAAUUCUUUGGUUGGUUGGCAUGGAAGGGAAGGCUAAAGACUUCCAGCUUUUUGCAACGAAUUAGAGUGCUCUCUGAUGAGGCCAAUGUGAGUUGCAUUUUCUGCAAUGAGGAAGUGGAGAGUGUAAAUCAUGUGCUUCUUCUUUGCCCUUUUGUUUGGAAGGUUUGGUCACAUAUGCUAAAAUGGUGGGGAUUGCAGUGGGCUCAACCUAAUACUGUGAACUGUCUAUUAGAUUGGUGGGCUGGUACAAAGCCGAAAAAACAAGAGAGGGUAUUCUGGAAAGCCAUGCCUCUGGCUGUGCUUUGGUCCAUCUGGAAAUUAAGAAAUGAUUGUAUCUUUAAUGACAUUCAUCCAAAUUUUGAGGAGCUGUGUGAGGUCAUUAAAGUGCGAGUUGCGAUGUGGAGCAAAGAUGCUGGCUCUUUCUGCUCAGGUUAUUCAGUAAUUGAUAUUGUGAAUAAUCUGCAGCAGAGAGUACAUAGUGUCCGUUGUUUGAAGUCUGUGUGGGAAGGCAGCAUCAAACAGCCAUGGUCACUGCCAGUAAUUGAUCAGAACUUAUACUACUUGGGGUUGAAGAACACAUCAGCAACAUUUGUAUCUGCUGUUGUCAUUGUCCUCCCUGCCCUUACCUUUAUCAUGGCAAUAAUUUUCAGGGCUGCUGUAGUUCAAGGCAAUGUGUUUGGUAUGACUGUUGGGCUGUUGUAA